AUGAAGGCAUCUGUGUCUAGCUCCCUAUUGCGACCAAUAUGCCGCCCAAGGUCGAGCAUAUCAAGAUGCAGACCGCUUGAUCGGCGGCCCUUCUCCGGAGCAAGCUUUCCCGGAACAUCAGGUCUAGGAAGACCAUCACAACCGACCGGAUGGGCACCAGUACCAUACGUGACGGAGACAAUUGGAGGAGGCUGGCUCACAUCGGAUAUCUUCUCAAGAUUAUUGAAAGAGCGCAUUGUUUGCUUGAAUGGCGAAGUCAACGAUGCGGUAUCGGCAUCCACUGUGGCCCAGCUGCUAUUUCUGGAAGCGGAGAACCCGGAUAAGCCGAUAAACCUAUAUAUCAACUCCCCUGGAGGAUCAGUCACAGCAGGACUCGCAAUAUAUGACACGAUGACAUACAUCCGCUCCCCCAUCCGGACGAUCUGCAUCGGCAGCGCAUACAGCAUGGGCUCCCUUCUCCUCUGCGGCGGCAGCCCCAAUCAGCGGUUCAUCCUUCCACACGCAUCCGUCAUGAUACACCAGCCAUCCGGCGGCUAUUUCGGACAAGCAUCAGACAUCGCAAUCCAUGCGAAGGAGAUCCUGCGGGUACGGAAACAACUCAACGAGAUAUACGUGCGACACAUGGAAGCAGCGGGGAAAAUCAGGACACUGGAAGAGGUGGAGAAGCUGAUGGAACGGGAUUACUUCAUGAGUGCGAAGGAGGCGGUUGAACUGGGCCUCGUGGACAGCGUACUGGAGAGGAGGGACGAGAAGAAGGAGGGGGGGAAAUUAUGA